GGCCACUGUCCCAUGGAGAGAGGGUCACUCCACACUGGAUCCUCAGGGGCCGCACCAGACGAGCUGUCAGCCUGGAUGAACAGGUGCCGGCACCUGCCCAGGCAGAGGUGGCAGUCAUGGCUGAGGGCAAAGAGCUCAUCCUGGUGCUGAAGAGGAACCAGCUUCUGGCGCCAGGCUACACAGAGACACAUUACACCAUGGAUGGACAACCCGUGACGGUGACCCCCAACCACACGGACCACUGCUACUACCAUGGCCACGUCCACGGCUACCGAGGCUCCUGGAUUGUCCUCAGCACCUGCUCGGGAAUACGGGGCCUCAUAGUGCUGAGCAACAAUGCCAGCUACUACCUGAAACCCCUGGGGACCCCCGAGCCAGGGCACCACGUCAUCCACCGAGCAGAGCACUUGCCCAUCCGAGGUGGGACCUGUGGCCACGGAGAUGAUUUUGGGAGCACUAUUGCUGACGUUGCUCAGCUCUUCCAGCCGGUGCACCAACGGGUAAGGAGAGAUGCCUGGAGAACCAUGAAGUACAUGGAGCUCUUCAUCGUUGCCGAUCACACACUGUACAGGAACCAGAACCUCAACCUGGGCCACACCAAGCAACGGCUUGUGGAGAUCGCAAACUAUGUGGACAAGUUUUACAGGCUGCUGAAUAUCAAGGUGGCCCUGAUAGGCCUGGAGGUGUGGACAGAGCGGGACCAGUGUGCUGUCACCAGUGAUGCCAAUGCCACUCUCUGGGCCUUCCUGCAGUGGAAGAAAUCACUGAGGUCACGGAAGAAGCACGACAAUGCCCAACUGCUGACAGGGAAGACGUUUGGAGGGACAACCAUUGGCAUGGCCCCACUGGAGGGGAUGUGCAGCGUGGAUAACUCUGGAGGUGUCAGCGUGGACCAUGCGGAGCAGCCCGUCGGAGCCGCUGCCACUAUGGCCCAUGAAAUUGGCCAUAAUUUUGGCAUGGUCCAUGACAGCAAAGGCUGCUGUGGUGUCAUGGCAGCAGCCACUGGACACCCCUUCCCUCGGGUGUUCAGCUCCUGCAGCAAGAGGCAGCUGGAGAGCUACUUCCAGAAGGGAGGUGGCAUGUGUCUCUUCAACCUGCCUGACACCAAGGACCUGGUGGUGGGACGGAAGUGUGGCAAUGGCUUUCGAGAGGAAGGAGAAGACUGUGACUGUGGGGAGGUGGAGGAGUGCACCAAUCCGUGCUGCAACGCUCACAACUGCACACUGAAGGAGGGGGCCCAGUGUGCCCAUGGUGACUGCUGCCAGAACUGCAAGCUGAAGGUGGCUGGGACGAUGUGCAGGGAAGCAGCAGGAUCCUGUGACCUCCCUGAAUAUUGCACAGGUGCCUCACCCUACUGCCCAGCCAACGUGUACCUACUGGAUGGCUCCUCCUGUGCCUAUGGAGAGGCUUACUGCAACAAUGGGAUGUGCAUGACCCACCACCAGCAGUGUGUCCAGCUCUGGGGACCAGGUGCCUGGCCAGCCCCAGAUGCCUGUUUCCAGGAUGUGAACAUGGCUGGAAACACCUAUGGCAACUGUGGCAAAGACAGCCAAGGGCGCUACGUCAAGUGUGACAAGAGGGAUGCCAUGUGUGGCAAAAUCCAGUGCCAGAGCUCAGCUAAGAAGCCCCAAGGGACCAACACUGUCUCCAUCGACACUACCAUCCGCUUCAACGGGCGCGAGGUGAAGUGCCGUGGCACCUACAUGUACACUGCGAAGGAUGACGAGGAAGACCUCUCUGACCCUGGGCUGGUGAUGACAGGGACAAAAUGUGGAGAUGGGAUGGUUUGCAAGGAUCGCCGGUGCCAGAAUGCCUCCCUUUUUGAGCUGGAAAAGUGUGUUUCCCGGUGCAAUGGCCAUGGGGUCUGCAACAGCAAUAAGAACUGCCACUGUGAUGCUGGCUGGGCUCCCCCCUACUGUGAGAAGCCAGGCUUGGGUGGGAGUGUGGACAGUGGCCCUGUGCAGCGUGACAAUCACAAAGUCAUUUUGAUAGCCCUCCUGGUCAUCCUCCUGUUCUUCCUACCGGCCCUGAUGAUGAGCAUCUACUAUUGGUACCGUCGGGAGAACUCCCUCCUGAAUAAAUGGAUAAAGGAGAUGAGGAAGAGGAUCCGGGAGGCAUACAGGAGUAAAUCCAUCAGUCGGAAGUCAACCAGUGGCCGUCCCAAAGCUGCUUUCACCUUGAGAAACAUCUCCACCUCCAGCCACACUAAUAAAGCAGCACGGACUGCGUUCCUCCCCAAAUCUGGUGUUCACCAGCCUGGCUCUCAGCCUGUCAACAUCGUCCACCCUCUUCGUCCUGCUCCCCACUCCAUCCCUCCACGCCCCAGAGACCCCAGGCCUGCCAGGCCACCUCCACCAGUCAGCAAGUCACCCAUGAUCCCCACCAAAAGUGUCAUCUCCCAGGCUAAGCUCCCACCUCCAAAGAAACCUCUUCCUUGCAGCCCUGUGAGGACCCCGCUGGUGGUCCCAAAGCACCAGCCCCCACGUCGGCCACUUCCUGGAAGUCCCCUUCUGGCCAAAGAGCUGCCUCCUGCACAUGGACAGACCCUGCUGGUCAUGGUCCCUCCUACCAACUUCAAGGUGUCGGGUACAAGUGCCACGAGCCACCCCAUGAGGCCCUUAAAACCGAUGCCACCUCAAAGGCCAGUCCCAGCCAUCAAAGUCCAAUCAACCUCCUUCUCCUCAAAGAAGUGACAAUCCAAGGACAUCUGAGCCCAUCCUUCCUGAGCUGGCUCUCCUGAUUUGCACUGCUGCAGGCCACAGGGGUCUUUUAUUCCUCUCAUUUUAUUUGU